AUGUUCGCUAAAGUGUAAGUUCUAUUAAAAAUCUUUCUCAAAAAUUCAAUUUGUUUUUUUUUUCAGUAUCAUCUCAAUGUUCUUGAUUGUCGCCGCUCUUUUCGGUUCAUCACAAUCUCAAAUUGUUUAUCCAUCAUAUUAUCCAACUGCUGCCGCUUAUGCUUAUCCAUCUUAUUAUCCAUCAUAUUAUGGUGGAUAUGCUGCUGCACCAGCUUAUGCCUAUGCUUGGGGAUCAAACAAAGGAAAGACUGACUCGGCUGCUGCUCCAGCUCCAACUCAAGGAUCAUCUUUGACUAAUAACAAUCAAUAA